AUGGAGGAGUGCGCUGGCCUCUGCAGCGUGGGCUCUUCGUGGGGAUGUCGGUGUGGUCAGCAGUACCAGGGCCCAGCUGAGACGGCAGCAGCCGAGGCCAAGAGAUGUCCUCAGAAGCGCCAUCGCCCGGCUGAGACAGCAGCGGCCGAAGGCAAGCAGUGUCGUCAGAAGUGCCAGGGCCCAGCUGAGAUGGCAGCGGCCAAGCGCAAGCCGGCCCCGGCAGAAAAGCAUGUGGAGGCGGACCCGACAGCGCGCAUCUGGAGACGGCGCUGCCGAGAGGAGUUCGGCAUUCGUGAAAACUUGGAGAACCUGGAGAUGAUCGGUAUGUCUUAUCGAGAAGUCUAUGCGCAGCUGUUCCCAUACAGACACAUUUUGGGAUUGUGGCAGCUAGAUACUGAGGGCUAUAGAACACUGCUGAAUGUCGUGGUGGACGGCUUAUGCAUUACUGGUUGGACGUACGGGCUUUCCCUUAACACCCAUGUGGAUGGCCCACUGCAAUUCAAGCCCGGGUUCAGAAUUCGCCUGACGGAGAGGAAACCAGCCACGGUGGAGUGCUUGGAAGGCCUCCACAGCAGGCCCCACCACCGCCACAUGCAGAUUCAGAAGGACAGGCUCACCCUCUGGUGCAACAAUAGAGACCACCGAAAGGUUUUAACAAUGAGACUUAGGGGAGAACGGGGGCGGGUGCUGGUGCGGGAGGACAGAUAUCAGUAUGACUGCCUGACCUACCGCCGCCUCUACCUCCCGCCGAGUCACCUGGGCAACCUCAUCCGGCCAGGCCUCUUUCAAGGCAACUACGAUGUCUUCGGCCUAAUGAUUGCCAUGCUCAGCUUCCAUGGGAAGUAUGCCAGGGUCACGAAGAUCACGGGAAACUCCAACGGGACGUUAGAGAUCCACCUCAUGCGCCGCAUCCCGCUGCCAGGUGGCGAGAUCUUCCGCAACUUCAACGAGCUCUCCCACGUGGUCCAGGAGAUUGACGAGCAGGUGAUCCGGGAGCAGCAGCAGCAGCAGCAGCAAGAAAACGGGACUGAGGAAAGCGAGGGCCAUGGCUGGCAGAACCGUGCCCAGCCCAGCGUCGGGGAGUCCGGGGCUGCAGCUUCGGAGGAGCAGCCUGUCCCGUUUGUUCUGCCUGAGGGCGUGCGCUCAAGAAACCAGAACUACCCCGGAACCUGCAGGAUGUGUUUCUAUGCCGUGGACACUGUUACCUCAUAUGGCUCAGUGUCCAUACGCUUCCCUGGAGUCUUCAUCCUGUUCGAUGAGAACCACUUCGGGUUCAUCUGUCUGGAGGUGAAAUACUUCAUCCUAUUCAGCAGAGUCCAGAACACCUUCCAGAAUGUGGAGGCACCAUCCCCGCAGGCCUUCCUGGAGAUGCUCAAGGACAUUCAUUCCCGAACCCCUGGGAGGAGCAGCUUAAUCAACACAGAUGAAUUUCCUCCUAAUGGCAUCCUCAUCAUACCGAUAGCCAAGUGUUAUUCUAAGGCGGCCUUCUGGCACCAUGUCCUGCGGGAGCCGAAGCUGGUGUCACCAGGCAGCUUUAAGAGCUCCCUCCAGCGGGCUCCGGUGGCACCUGGUACCCACUCCUAG